AAAGGUCUCAGAGAUGAACAGCCAAAAUGCCUUUCAUCAUGUUUGCCCUGACUGGACCUCAAUGGCUGGACCUUGUUUUAGCGAUGUCCCUUCUCUGUUGGGCAGACUGUAGCCCUUCUCAGCAGGAUGAUAUGGCUCCCCUCGAAGUACAAUUCCAUUCUUUGGACUUCAGAAAUGUCUUGCGCUGGAAACAUCCAAACAAAGCUGCCAAAAACCUGAAAUAUUUUGUUCAGUAUAAAAUAUACGGAGACAAGGAGUGGACUAAUUCUGAUCACUGUCAAGGAAUCCACAAGCUGGAGUGUGACCUGAGCCAGGCGACAUCAGAUCCCAGAGAAUGGUACUAUGCCCGGGUCCGUUCCCUCUCCCCUGAGGGCAACUCAUCAUGGGUCCUUAGCCACAGGUUUUACCCUCAGUGGGAAACCAGUUUCAGCCCACCCCAGAUAAAGGCGACUGUGACAGGACAGACCAUUACAGUUCAGAUCCGACCCCCGAGGACACCACUGCGAGGACAGAAGGGCAGAAUGCGAGUGACAAAACUACAGAAACUGAUUUUCAGAAUAUACUUAAUGCACAAUGGUGUAGAAGAGGAAGUUCAUGAAACAGACAGUUGCUCCAAGGAACUUGUGAUUGAGUCGCUACGUCCGAAAACCACCUACUGCCUUCAGGCUCUGUCCGUUACUCCUCGCUCAGGCCGCAAAAGCUCACGGAGUUCCAGCACCUGCGUCAAGACUCAUUGAGGGUUUAGUGUCUCCCACAGGGUGAGGCUGCUUCUGGACCUUUGUUCAACAUGAAAAUUACACACGUGCACACUACAUAGUGGAAUGUCUGCAAAUGCUCACCAAGAUCAUGUUUACUAUAAGACAGACUAUAAGCCUGGACUAGCCUUUUGGUUACAUUAAAGCUGAAGUGUGUAAUUUCUGUUCCACUAGCACAAAGGCAAUGUCAAAAAUAAUGAUUGUUUGCA